GUCAUACACAUCUGGGAUGGCAUGAGGGGGGUGGAGCUACUGGCUGAUCACUGCAGGUGAGCGCGCGCACACACACAGACACAGGUGGGGGAGCACAGCGUUCAGUUUCCCAGCGAGCUCACAACAAUACGCGACGAAUCCCCCGGGAAUAGUGUAUUCUAACUACGAUGGGAGGAAAUAAGGUCAGCUGAGACCCUUUGCAAUACACCACCUGUAACAACUCGAGCUUUUUGUGAAAUCCUGCUUAUUUGAAGAAACAUUUGUCGCAGAAAUGAUCAGCUCAGAGGUUUUGCGUCCACUGAACCCAACGCGCAAAGCGCUUGGCAAGCUCGCUAGCCGACUGGAGGAGGUGAAGAACCCUUGGAGACAGGGAUCGGCACUCGAACUGAGCCACAAUGAAACCGCACGGCUCGCCACGGACGCGCUCUUGGAACACGGGGAAAAGGAGUAUAGAAAAGUCCUAAAUGAAGAACGAGAAGUGAACUUUCUCUCUUCGCUGGAAUUACGUUAUAUCGCCGAAAAUGUGGCCAAGACUGGCAGCACGGACAGCGGCACUAAUGGAGUAGACUUGGAGGAAGGGGACACGGUGUCCGAACUCACUUCGGGGACUUACUUUCCCAUGAUGUCCGACGAGGAGCCUCCAAUGUUGGAGUUGGGCUGGCCCGAGCUCUCCAACCGAUAUAGCCCCACAGAGGCACAGAUACACUUCCAGAGGGACAAGUCCCAAAAUGUCAAAGAUCUGAUUCGAUCUCUCAUUAGUAAAGCGAAGAAGGUGAUCGCUAUAGUCAUGGAUAUAUUUACAGACGUGGACUUGUUCUGUGACUUAAUGGAGGCCUCCAACAAGCGCCGGAUUCCAGUUUAUAUUCUACUGGAUGAAAAGAAUCUCAGCCAUUUUUUAAACAUGUGCACAGAACUCGACAUCCAGAAUUCACACUUGAGUAAUAUGCGGAUAAGAAGUGUAUGUGGUGACACAUAUUGCACUAAAAGUGGGAAGAAAUUCACAGGUCAAGUUCAGGAGAAAUUCAUGAUCAUUGACUGUGUGGAAGUCAUCGCUGGAUCGUAUAGUUUCACAUGGCUCUCCUCUCAGGUCCAUAGCAACAUGCUAAUGCACUUCUCCGGUCGCAUUACUGACUGCUUUGAUCGGGAAUUCCGCUGCAUGUACGCCGACUCUCAAAUAAUAGACUGUUUCCACAAUCCAGAUGAAGAAGGUUUACCCUGUUACCCUUACAGUGUGAUGGCACCAAACUUGGGGCUGGACUUUCUCCCAGACUAUAGUAGCAAAGAGCGAGUGUGUUCCGAGAAUUCCAGUAGCCAGUCAAGUGGUAGCGUUUCCAGCAUCAAAGCUGCACCUCCAGGCAUCAAAUCUGUUUACAAAGUCACACACAACAAAAAGAAUCCUGAAAACUCACAAAAGAGUCCUGACCGGAAAGGGGUCAUAAGUCCAGGGCACCAAAUGCCUCAAGGAACCCACAUUGGAAGAGGCUCCCCCAACGGUACCCACCAAAGUCAUACCGUGGAACGUCCCUCCUUAGGACUAAGUCAGACUGCUGGGGUGGAAUGGUCCAAGAUAGGAACAGCGGAGUACCUGCGGUCAAACCUUGCUGGACAAACAUCCAAAUUCCAGGCAUUGGGUCUCUACAGCUCUCCAAAACCUCCAUCACCAUCUCAACAGUCUCCACCUGACAGCAAAAUCUCCCAAAAACAUCGCAGUCCCACCACUAACCCCUUCUUCAGUAAGUUCACGGACCUCUUCACCCCCAAUUCCGCCAAGGACAAGGAUUCCCACGUCUUCCAGAAGUUGCCCACUCAUACCUCUCCUUAUGGUGGUCCAGAUCUUUCUCAGAACGAGCCGGAGAGUAAGCAGGGACCUCCUCCACCGGGUCCCAUGCCGACAGACUGGCUGGGCCAAGACAGAGCGAUUCAUCGGCGUGACGAAAAACGCAUGACAUUAGGUCAUAGCAAAUUGGACCUUGUGAACCAAUACAACAAGAUGAAAUCCAAACAGGUCUAUAGUCGUUUUGAGCUAAAGAACAACAUACCUCAAUAACAUUUUGGCACCGUUUGUACAGGUCAUGAACUUCAUGGGGCUGUGCAAAAGAGACGAGUUUGUCCCUACUUACAUUCACGGGAAAUAUAAAAAAAAAAAAAAAGCACAACAAGAAGUUGGUGUUCCAACUUCGACCAAAUGUGUGGUGUUCUUGGCAUUUUUAAUGAAAAUGAAAUACUUAGCACUUGGAAUUCUGCCUUCAAGGCAUUCAUGUGGACGCAUUUCGUAAAUGGGUCAAUGAUGUGAGGCUCAUUUUUUUUGUCCAGAUCUAUAGAUUUAUUUUAAAAUAAAUAACAAAUGUGAUUCACACAAAACAAUUCACCUCUACUAUGAUGAACAUGUUUUCAAUUACUGAGUUCAAAGUCAUUUUGAUAAUUUUUUUCUGGGGGUUAGAAAAAAAAAUGUGAAAGUGGUGAAAGAAGAAAAAAUUCUUUACAUUUAUGUUAUUUCUUUUAAAAAAUUCAGUGAAAAUUGUAUAUUUGAAAAACUUAAAUGUGUCAAAAAGUCAUGUGGUGUAACCAACACCAUCAUGUGACCCCAAACAAACUAAAAAAAAAAACAGAAAAAAAUAAAUAUAUGAGAGAUUACCUUUAGACACCUUAAGAUUGUUUGGGGGGUAAUCAUUAUUUUGUCAUGUUUUUAAAAAAAUGCUGAUUUUGUUCAGGUCAAAAGGAGCAAUCGUGAGAAAACUUCUUGAUAUUCUUGACUCAAAAAGUCAUAAUACUUCACCUUGAAAAAUAUAUUUUUAGAGUUUUUUUUUGUUGUUGUUGUUUUUAAAUUAAUGAUUAAGUUGCAUGCACAUGAAUUCAAGAAGAUUAUUUAAAUACCUCUUAUUUGAUGGGUACACCACAUGACAAUUUUAUGGUCAUUAAAUACAUUUUUAUUUUUUAUUUUUGGAAAUGCUAUAAAUGUAUUAAAAAUUGAAGUAAAAAAUUGUGAAACCAACAUGGACACAAAUAGAACAUUUCUACAAACUUUUUAAAGAUUUCCCACUUUUAUAAUCUUGGACAGUUGUAUUUGUCAAUGACCCAAAAACAAUUAUUCCAACAUGACUUGAAGACAGUAAACAUUCAGAGUUUCUCACCAGUAAUUACAAUAUUUGGUGCCGUUCAUGUGUGCUCAUUUCGUAAUGAGUACAUUAAUGAAGGCAGCGUUAGUACUAAUACUAGUGCUAGUACAAAGUACUUUUAAAGGGAUAGUUUACUCAAAAAUAAAAAUUCAUGGAAUGAAAAAGGCAGAAUAUUAGGAACUGACAGCGCUUAGUCACCAUUCAAUUUUAUGGCAUCUUUUUAUAAACAUUGAAAUUGAAUUGUGACUGGGUCUGUUAUUUUUCCUAAUAUCUCCUUUUGUAUUCCAUAGAAUACAGAAAGUACAGAAUACAGAAAUGAUACAGUCAUUUUUGGGUGAACUAUCCAUUUAAUUAGGUUUUAUUGUGCUGUAUAUAAAAAAAACUUUAAUGGGGCAUUUUUGUACUCUUGAUGUUGUUUUUCUAUCUGCCUCUUUAGCUGGCAAAGCAGAUGGUGUUGAUUUCCUACAUGUUGCCACUCUGUCUGCCACUAAGUAUUACCCUUGGAUACCAUUAUUAAGGAGGUUACAGUUGUGUAGUCUUCCAAAAUGUUGUCAUGUAUUUGUACUAGAAUGUGAUUCUUGUGUCACUGAAGAUAUGCAUUUAGGGAAUGCACUUUGGGUAGUGCUGCGAUUAGCUGCUUAAAUAUUAAGUACUGUAUUACUUCAGUAAAAACAGUGGACUAUGAUGCAAUACAAGCUAAUUGCAAGGAAACAUAAUUUUGUAUGUUUGUAUAAAAAAAGUGUAAGAUUUUCCACCUUUUUCCACACAUUAAUCAAUGCUUAUAGAAAGUAAUAUAGCAAAUUUGUGAAUAAAAGUGUUUGUGACAGGCCACAAAGUGCCUCUGAAUGCUAACUUGCAUUCGGAUUGGUUGUCACAUUUUUAAUGUAUGUUUUGGCCUUGGUUCUGUCUUGGCAUUGAAUAAAUAUAUACUUCGUUUUUACACUCUGGCCUUAAGGCGGUUGCAACAACGACCCUGUACAUAAAAUAUCUUGUAAAAUAUAUCCUGUAUCACUCUUAAAGCUGAAGUGUGUAAUUUCUGCACAACAAGCAUCACCAAACGCAAAAAUAAUCACAUUUUCAAACAAAUUCCAGAAACUCCCAACUGUCCAGCCCCAGAGUCACAAAUAACAUUUUUAGGUGAAAUCAACCAACAAAUGUGUGUAUAUAUAUAUAUAUGGCUCUGCAUUUUAGGCUUGAGAUUAGACCAAAUUUUAACAAAAUUAAACAUGUUUUUCGUCUGACAAAGUAGGAAAUACUGUGAAAAGGUGAUCUCGAAAUGGCGAUAAUCCACCCUUCAGAUUAUCUCCACGUUCAAGUAGACCUAGAACUGAUAAUGACUUCAGACUGAGUGAGAAACGAAAAAGAAACUGGAGUAAAAGACUACUGAUGUAAAAUAAGGUUUUACUUUUUAUAUUUAAUGGGAUGUGGAUGCAAUGUGUAACAUACUUUUUUACAACUGCAAAUCUUUACAUGUAAUCUGUUACAUAUGAGUUUUAAAGUUUUUUAACAGUGUUACCAAAGACAACCAUAAAACAAUAAAGCCUA